AUGUUAAUUAAAGGAAUAGCAUGGGAGAGUGGAGGUGUCUUUGUUGACGUUUCGUGCAAACAAGUGUGUUUUGUACAUUUCAUGAUGAAAUGUGAUGAGCGUGUGUACUGGCGCAAAUUUGCAGUGUUUUGUUGUUUUUUUGUUGUGUUUGUGGGCGAAGUGAAAAGCGAAGAGUUACAGUGCACCAAGAAACAUUUUCUGAGUCGAGUGGAGUUAGAAGGAUUGCUUGCAGAUCGUAAAAUUUGCUGGAUUAACAGUGAAGGACAGAAUUUGACUGAUUCAGAUUGUAUUGUAUGGGAUCUUGGAGAAGAGGAAGGUACGCGAUAUAUUGAUAUGCAGUAUCGCCUGCAAGUGGGCAAUCAGGCCAAGGUAUGUCACAAACUGCAAUUCAACCAAACUGCAUCUCCGUUGGAGACCUUGCGCCUGUCCUUUGCUUGUCAAACCUUUGGCUGGUGGGCUGCUGAUGUCAGUGCAGAGAUGAUGGUGAAUUUUGGGUACGGCCCUUCAGACAUUUCAAGUUAUGGCUAUUUUGUGAUGAAAAUUCCUCCUCACGAAAAGAAUAUAAGUCUGCUCAAUCAAGCAAAAGCAUACCUGAAAUAUUGCUGGUGUCCUGGUCCUAUGUCUGCAUACCGCCAGCAUGGAAAGCGCCUGAAAGGCGCCAUGAAAACGGCAAAUGCUAAACACAUGUUGGAUGAAGAGCUUCCUGUAACGCCGCUGGGUUCUAGGCGCACGAGAUUUACACAAAUCAACAAAGAGGAGAGCCAAAGUGAAAACAUGUCAAUGGGUUUCACCCUGUUCCCGGGACCCAUCAAUGAGUUCCCUUUGCUAGGCGUGAGGGAAGGGUCAGUGGUUGGCGAGGAAGAUGUUAUGAAGAACGAAAGUGCUGCGAAGGACAUGGGAGCACCUCCAGUGCCUUUUGAUGUGCAUGAGAUGGUUCUCUAAAGGUGCUUUUGGGCAGGGGUUCUGAGCUUCAGAUGCCUCUACACCAACAUUACUUGUCUCUGUGUGAUUUUCGACACCAUUUUGCCUUCAUAGCAAAGAUGAUCUGUUCAGAGAUCUCUCGCUUUACUUCCUUUCAAAGUGAAGUGCUGGGACUUUUAAUCUACCAGAAAGUGAUAUGUUCUUAGACUGCAUUGGGGUUUCCUAUACAUUCUUUUGUCGUAAAGUGUCCUUGUGAAGAGAAGUUUUGAUGUCAGUCUCGUGAUCAGUGUAGCAUGUGGUGUACAGUAUAUUUUGUCAUGUGUAAAGGAAUGUGUAUGUGAAUACCCAAUGAAUAGUGUUUGUCUUCUAAAUACUGAUAUUUUAUCUCUAUUGAAUCUGCGGGUAGGCACUUAACUGGUGUUAAAUGUGCCAUGAUUUCAUCCACUUUUCUGUUGAAAGGCGGAAGCUUGCAUUUUUACUAGUAUUUUAUGUAGUCGUCUUACAUACAACUUCAGAAUCCUGUGUACACUUCGGGAGAAAUAACUUUAGGAUUGACAUCAUCCUUGGCAUCUGGACUGCAUGCAGUCCCCAACCAACGCUGUAGUUUGGAGUUUUUUAUGAGUCAACUGCUGAAAAAGCAGUCAGCACCAUUCAACGAAUAUAUUACUUUUUCAACAUCAUUAGUCUUCACCUUUGCCAUUUGGCUGAGAGGGCAUAUUGCGACACUGUGGCAGAGUUUGCCGAAACUGUGAUAAAGACUCUACAAUCAUUUUAAUAUUCUCAAAGUCUUCUUGUAUUUUCAAAUUUUGUUAUAAAUAUGGAAGUUUAUAAUUUUAAUAAGAAUUUUUUCCAGAACUGAAAUGUACAUCACCUCCAUCCCGUCACCCUGCUGCCUUGUUCUGCUGUCUUUUCCUCGCUCUGUCUCACUUUGACUGUCCAGCCUACUUUAGAAUUGCCUGGCAAUAGUGCUGCUGCCAACUAGUAGCAGGUUGCAUUGUUUCCAUAAAAAUAAAAUCGGAAAUGUAUCCAAAUUUUGUGGAAACAUUUUGGGAUUGCAAAACCCUUGAUUGUUUGUUUUCUCAGCUACUCCAGUGUCUGUGCCAAAUUUGAGAGCAACCACUCAAUUAUUGGUUCAAAUGUUGUUACACAGACACAUGUACUCAUAAAUACAUCUGUUUUUGUAUUGUAAUAUAACUCCCCAUUCACUGUAAUUGGGGUUUCAUUGUUGUGAUAUAGAUAAAAGUUCUACAGAAUUGCUGCCAUGAAGCUGGUUUGGAACUUAGUACUGUGUUUUACUAUAGUGUUCUUACGCACUAAAUACAUAUAUUUAGCACCGUUAGAUCUCCUUGACAAAGAAAAUUCAAUGAGCUCCUUGGUUCUUAUUCCGCAUUAAGAAAUAUUGGAAUUCUUCACUGUUCUAGUUUUUACAGUGAAGGAAUAUUACUGAACUGUAGUUCCAAUAAUGAGAGUGUCAAUGACAGUGAAAUUUUUCUGUGUAGUUCAAUCUAUGAAUGAAUUGCAUAGGAAGCCAGUCAAAAUUAACUUAUUGUAAGUAAUUUUGUAUCAUGUCUCAAUGUGUUAUGUAUUACCUGUUCUCUUAUUACAUCAGCACUUUUAUCUUAUUUUUUGUAUUUGUUUCUGUUGGUUUAUGAAAAUGCAUUAAAUGAAUUUAAGAAUUUCAUUUGCACAUUAGAAAUCUCAGUUUGCAUGGCAGCACAAUUUUGAUAUUUUACAUCUGUUGACUUUGAGUAUUCAAUGUUUCUACACUCUGCAGCAACAUGGAACAAUUUUCUUGCUAACAGUCAAUUUUAAUGAAAAUUUUCCUGCACUGUUUGUGUUUGCACUCCUGGAAAUGUAAAUACAGUAAAACCCCUCUUUUACACUUUUCAGGGGACCGAUGAAAAAAAGUGUAAAAUGCAGGAAAGUUUUAAAUACAGGGAAGUUGAAAAAUGAUAGAUUAGAUGAGUAGAAGCAUGUGCAAGAAUCAGCGAUUUUCAUCAGAAAAUCUCCUAUUGACGUGCCCUGGUAAUAAAAAAGUGGGUAAAUCAUAUUCCUAUAUAUAGUAAAUUACUUCCUCUAACACGUGAUGCAGCCUGAAUCCGUUUUAUAGGCCCUUGAAACAGCAAAAUCAAUUGACGGCAGUUAACACGAGCGUCUAAACCACCUGCCGAUUUUCUCUAAAAUUGAUAUUUCUCAAUUGAUCUGAACGAACGGGAGACUUUUGCGAGUUCAUUACAUAUAUAUGUAGUACAUAUUGAAACAGGAUUUAUCCACUUUUUCAGUAUCGGUACGAGCUUUUCUGUCGAAAAAUCACCAUUUUUUUGCCGUAGCAUUACAUAACUUUCUGAGCACUAGGUAUAAAACUUACAUAUACGAGAAAGUAAAAAAAUAAAAUAAAGUAAAUUUUAAAUAAAGACAUAAAAGAUGUGUAAGCACUCUUCAUAUCAAGUUGUAAAUUCCGGGAAGAGAAUGCAUUGUAAAUAUAGGCUUUUCAACGGGACCAACCGAAAAGUUACGUAAAAUGCAGGAACGUAAAAACGGGGUUUUACUGUAUGUCUGUUUUGUGAGUUUCAAAGAGAUGCCAUUGAAGAAUGCUAUAUUUUUUAUGCCAGUGUAAUGUAACUAGCUGUACAUCACUUUUGUAAAUGUAUUUCAAAGUAUUUUUUUAAACGUGUAACUUCUUUCAAAUCAAUAUAAUACACUAUAAUAAAGUGUAUUGAAAAUAAAUUACAUCACUUAAAAUCCACAUGUCAUGAAGUAAUGAGAGGAAUGUAGUACUAAAUGUUUUAUGUAUUUGUAAGUUUGUCUAGAUGUCCUUAACCAAGCUAAUCGUACUAUUAAUUAAGUGGUAUAAAUCUUUGAGAAUUUGAAUUGUGACUGCAUGUCUCAAGUCUGAAAGAAGUGCCAUUUUUAAAAAAAUUGCUAGUCACUGAAUACUUCACUAAACAAAACUUGCUGAACAUUAAAAUACUUGAACAUAUUUUUAUUCUCUGAUUAUGACACAUCAGAUUUAUGUGAUCUAGAGAGUGAAGGGAAAUAUAGUUUCCAUGCAGGAGUUCAAAAAAAAAAAAAUGUUUAUAAUGUGUGACUGAAGAAUGAAUAUUCAAUUACCAGAGGUACUGUUUUAUGAAAACCUUUCCAAUUAUUGCAUUCCUUUGUAUUGUUAGCAUUUGGAUUACCUUCUAUCAAUACAAAUUUGCAGAUCAUUUGAAAGAUCCAACCAUAAAAUGAAAUUUUUAUCAGUUGGGAUCUAUUGUUUUUUUAUUGUCUUUUAAUGUUCAGAAACUUUAAUGCAGAAGUAAUAAGUCGCAAAAGUGGUCAAACUACUGUGCCUAUCUAGAAUACCUAAUUGCAUUCACAGAUGUUUUCUUUCCAUCUUCCAUGGAUUUGCCAGGUUAUUCAGACCAAUAUGACUGAAUGGGCCAGUAAAGAGAGAAUCUCAAACAAAUGGCUGUGCAGAAAGUGAAACACAAUAAGAAAAUGAAUGAAAAUCAUGGCUGCGAUUUUGUUGAGGUACAGAAAUCUGCAUUUGCAGUUCACAACUCAAUUGCUCAAACCUUAAAUGAUGUGAAUUUCAAUGGUUGUUAAAAAAUUAGAGGCAACAAAUGAGCAUGGCAGAAAGAAAACCUGUUGUAACUGAAGGGAAUGUUCAUAAGUAGGGUCAUAUGAACAACAAAUGUAAAUUCAACACACAAAACUUUCAGGGAGCCAUAAAAUGUCUGAGGAAUGCCUGGUAUGGGAAGUCGACCAAAAAGAAAGUGACUAUGAUGCAUGUGAAGAUUGUAGUGACAAAUAUUGAUAAUAAUAAGAAUAAUCCAGAAAAUAGUGAUAGUGCAGACAAAAAGAUUUAACUUCCACAUCAAAAUGACAAUUUUCUAGUCAAUAAGACAAAUUGUAAUUUAAUUGUGACUGAAUAGUAAGAAUUAGUUAAAAUGAAAAAGGAUAUGUUCAAAAACUUAAAGCAUGCAUCUCUGUCUUAAUACCAACAGGUUUGACAUAUGUAUUGUUUUGAGGGUUAGCUUGACAAAUUUAUGAAACAUUUCAUUUUCAAGUAACCACCAGAUGUGUUUGUCUUAGAUUUUAUGUUAAGUUUAUUCAGAUGAUUUUAUUUUUGUAUUAUUGUACUAUUUCCUUCAGAGUGCAGUAGAAGUAUCAGGGUUGAGUGCAUAAAGUAAUAGACUAACUGUACAUUAUAAUUUUUAAUGUUAGUGAUGUGUGGUGAGGUAUAUUAGAAUCUACUUUGCAUUUUAAGUAUCUAGGGUAACAUUUUUCAACUUUUAUCAGAACUCUACUCUCGUAUUUUCAUUCCCCUCCAAAUACAGAAAUAAAACUCAAGUCACUGUCAGCUACUUUUUCCACUAUUUUUUCUUGCAGUAUUGAUAUUCAUAUUUUCUAUUCUCUUAUUCUGUACCUUUGAAUCUUGAUAUUGGGAACAAACAUUUCUGUUAGAAUUUGGAAAUUGAGCAGUGUAGGAGAGUAAAACAAAAUUUACUGUACAAUAAUUAUUUUCCGAGAUUCAUAGCCACAGAUAUGACAGGUCCUAAAACUUUGUAUUUUAUGAUGAUACAUGUUAUGUGCUUUUGAUCUCACUGGGAGAUUUUGAAAGUGUUCCCACUUAAUUAGAAUUUUCUAUUGCCAUUUGAAAUGCAUUUAGUUGUCUCAGAGUGCUAUAAAUUUCACUUGAAUUAGCAUGGCAACGAAUUUGCCCAUGUUAUGGUAUUUUGCAAAUUGGCAGUGUACAGAAUUGUGUAUGUGUAGUCUCCUGGGUGACUAGUGUGGCAUUUCAUUGUGGUGCUUAAGGGGAGACGCUAGUCAGCCUAUUUAUCUGUGCUGGCAAUGCUAAUUUUUAGUACUUUAAGGUAAUAUUUACUACAACAAAAAAACUGUAUAAGAUAGAGCACUGAAUUUUUUACUGAUGGUAGUUAGCAUCCUUUGUUACAAUCAAGUACAAUUUUAAAAGUUUUGAUAGUUCAGAAAAUUACUUAAUUUUAUAAAUGGUGAAUAGUUCAAUUUUUUCACAUUUUAGAAGACAAAUUGUGAGAUAGUAAAGUAUAUAAACUUAUAAAACUUUACAUCUAAGUACCUAUCGAGUUUUGGAUAAUAUAAAGAAAAAUGUUGAACAUUUGUAUUGAUACAUUGUACUAUUCUGGAGAAAAAUGGUACCUAAAAUGAAAAAAAGUUUGAAGAAAUUGAAUUUCAAAUUUCAAAUUGCUGGUAAGAAUAAGCUUUUGUUUUUAGUGUUUGCCGGCUUCAUAUACUGUUUCAUGUGAAUACUGAAAGUAUUCUUGCUUCCUUUUGUUGACCUUUGCUGUCUGUCUUUGUGAUGUUAAGUGCAGAGCUACAUACCUUCCACAUUGUCAGGAAAUCAGGGUUCCUCAAUACUGGUUUAUUUUCUUAUGUAGACUCAUAAGAAGUUCAGGAUAUGCAUGGUCUCCAAAUACAGGCUUCAUAGCUUCCAAUACUUAUUUUCAUAAAAUGUUCUUGUGCAAAUAAUUAUAUCCUGUGUGACUUGUUCUUUUUUACUUGCAUCAACUGUCAAGACCACUAAGGCAAAGAUGAUUUGUGAUUGACAUCAGAUCAUAUUUUAUGGGGGGGGGGAAUGACUUUAUUUCUUUUAAAUUGUUGCAAUUUCUUCUUAAGGAUAGCCUAUAACAUAUUUGCAGUAUGUCAGUUUUGCUUGGAGAGCACUAUAGGAAAAAACUAUAAAACACAUUGUUAGAACUACACAAGAAGUAACAAAAACAUUUGAAGCAGAUUGACUUCAUUCUACCAAGAAAAAAUUACAAGGAAUAUAAAAACACUAAAAACGAAUAAUCUAUUUUUUGUUUUUUAAGUAUAUUGAUUCAUUUCUCCUCUUUAAGAUUAAAUUAAUAAGUACCUCAUUCUUAAUAACUUUCAUUGAAAUGAUUGUUCCUACCAGCUUUUUCCUUGCAGUACUUCACACAGUGUCUCAUUUUACUUUUCAGUCGUGUAUUAAAUUUAAUGUGUGUGAAGGUCGGUCUGUUUAUCUUGCCUUUAUGUACACAAGUGAAAUUUUUUUUCAUAUUUUUCUUCAAACAUUUUUUUUGUCCUUUAUGCUCGUCACUUUCAAAACUCUUCCUUUUAUAUAUCUAUUUCUCUUAUGCUUCCCAAGUGCUUAAACAAAUUUUGUUUGCAAUAUUUUAAAUGAACAAACAAACUAUUGCCUUACAAAUUUAGCAAAUAUUCAUAAAUAACGAAUUAGUGAAAAAAUUGUAUGUGGCACUGAUUACUUGUAUUUAUUCUUAAAGAAAUCUAUUAAUCUUAAUUUUAUAAAGUAGGAUGUUAAUCAUAUCUCCAAAUUGAGGUAUUUGUUUUUCCUUCUUUGACAAAAUGAUUAUGAAUUUUCAAUCUUGAAUAGCUAUCUAUGUCUGAUGGCAUUUAUGAUAAUAUGAAAGGAAAUCUUGGGGGUUUCUUCAGUUACCAAAAAUGUGUAUGCAAAGUUAAAGGAAAUGAGUUUGAUGAAAUUGUGAAAAGGUCAUUAAUUUAAAAGGGUACUUUUCAACUUCAAUUGAUGCAUUGAUUAACAAUGGUUUAUAUUAGCCUGACGUUUUCUCUCCAAAAUUGUUAAAAAAUUAUGGUGUUAACAAGCCUGCAUGAAUGAAGUGUAAUUCAAAUAGGUUGUAGAUAAUACCAGGAUUACUAUAAUGUAAAAGUGUUUAAUGUUGUGGUUUUUGAUUGACUGUGUUCAUCAUGAGCUUUUGUUGUGUGUCUGUUGAAUUUACACAAAACAUUAUUGUGAUACAUGUUGAAAAGUGUUUAGAAAUCAAUAUAAAUAAGUUGUUUAUUUGUGAUUCAUCACCUGUUUUCAGUGUUUUGUGUCAAAAGCAUAGAAAAAUGUUAUUUACGCUAUCUUAAAAUACAUUUAAAUUGCUUGUCUUAAGAGCAAUCGUUGCUCAACCAGUAAUCACAACUACGGAUGCUACAUCUUUCAGUUAUAAUUUAGUUAUUGUGGUUUUCAAAACCUAAUGAAUGGUUCUUAAACUUUGAUCCAUAUUUUUGUACAUCUGAAUUUGAGUCUUGAUCUGAUGACUGGAAUGUCAUUGAACAUCACAUUUUUGUUUCAUUUUAGAAAAUGUUUUUAAUAUAUAUUAUGUAUAUUGUUGAUAUUUUUAUUAUUAAUUGUUUGCUAUGCCAUAAAAGAUAAGGGGGCAAACAUUGAUUAAAAAUAUUAAUCUGACAUUUAAUCCUUUUCAUCAAAUCUAAGGCACAUCCCAAUUAUUGAUGCAUCUUUUUAAGUCGGAAUUAUUCUUUUAUUUUAUUUGGUUUAUGAAUCUUCACAAGUUCAUUCACUGUUACUAAAUAUUUUGUUGUAAAGAUGUCACUAUGGAUUUUUCCCCACACUUUAUAUCUAAUAAUUGGAAGUUCGUUGUUAUUAUUGAUCGUUAUUAUUACGUUCAAUAAUGAUAUGAAUGAAUGGUAAGAAAACUCUUGUUAAUUAUUAUGAGCCAGUAUUCAAUUCUAAAGUACACUGAUAAUUCUACUUUAUACAUAUACCAGAUACAAGAUUAUAUUAAUGUUCAAAUGUUAAAAAACAACACAAAAAAGUGCUUUAUAUUCAAAGAAAUACUGUAAAGGAUAUUUAUAAUUAGGGAACAAAUGUGAAUGUAAAUACAGAUUUUUACAGGUAGAAUUUACUCACAUUAAUUUUUUACAGUUUGCAAGACAUUUUGAAUGAAUUAAAAAUCAUUUUUAUUUUUUAUAUGUUGGUAUAAUAAUAUUUUUUACCCAUUAUUACAUAUUUUAUUACAUUUUAAUAUAUCUACAAGCCAAUUCAGAGCAUGUCAGGUACAAGUUUGUCCAAUGUUCCUGGAAUUAUCUUUCUAUGCAACAAAGCAAUAAUAUACUGUGGUUUUAUGACCUCCAAGUCCACCGCAAAUUGCCAAACCUGCCCUCUUUUCCCUCCCUCACAGCUUCUCAGAAAUCGCAUACUUGAAGUCAAAAAUGAACAGGUUGAAGAACAAAGUAGAAGUUGUAAUCACAAGCAUAUGCGUGCUUGUGUUUAAAACUUGAAUGAAUUCUGAAAAACAUUUCUUACUUCCUGCUCAUGUAUCGGAAAUCAGAACCUAUUCAUUAAAUUUGCAUCAACUAGAACUAGAAUUCUCUCUUGGAAAGUGUUGCUAUCAAUUUGUAGUUAUUAUUUUCAUUAAGUUUAAUUCAAUUGCAAAAAAACACUACUUUACAAAUUAGUGGCCCCCUUUGCCAAACCACCUCCCUCCACGAAAUACUUCACUGGUAGACAUGCUACACUGAUCACAAGAGCACUUUUUUCCCAUCAAUUUAAUUGUAUAAACUACACUUUUUUUUAUACAUAUUUCAUAUAAAUAUUGCUUUGGAUGGUGUAGACUGGUGUCCAAUUACUUCCGUAGAUGUAGAACUUCGUUGAUCUGCUACAAUCCAUUUUGAGGCCUAAACAAGUUACUUGUUUUAAAGUUUUAAAAUGCUAUUGAUUUGAAACACUUUCAUGCAUUUUUAUUUUACAUAUUUUCUAUUUUUUCUUAUAUGUUUUUGAAAAAGGUAGUUUUAUAACAUUUCAAGGUAACUUUGCCAAAGGAUAGGAAAGUAUAAAAUAAUAUAUUUUCAAGCAAGAUUGAGAAGUAUUCUUGUUGAGAAAAAAAUUCUUUUUUUAAGAUUUUAGUAACUGUUGUAAAAAGCUGUGCCUUGAUGUCUUUGGUAAGUAAAUAGUAGCGUCUUCGCAUCACCAUUAGUGAUGUAUGACUAUUUAAUUGUACCAAGCAUCACAAAAAUGUUUUGUACUUGGUUACCUCUAAUUUGUUCUUCCAUUAAUAUUAUUAUUAAUGAUAUAAUAAUUAUUAAUUAUAUUGUUUUGAUGACUAUUAUUACUCAUAUUGUAUGGAAAUGUUUUGUGAGUAUAAAAUGUCAUGUAUAUGUAUACCUUCAAUUUCAAUUUCUUGUUUUGCUGAUAGAAAUGUGUAUUUUUUACCAUGUUCUUGCUGCUAAUAAGAGACUUGUUUGAGAUUUAUCAAUAUUUUCAAGAGUUAUUUUGUAAGUAGGUAGAAUUCUAUAGUUUAAUAAACAUAUGGAGGUGAUACAAAGACAUAAGUAUUAAAACUUGUAUGUCUAAUAUUUCCAUUGUAAUCUCCUGUCAAAGUGCCCGAACAAGUGAAGAAUUUAGCAUUGAUACUCUGAUUUGUUAUGUACAAGCCUCACAAUAAUCUUAUUAAAAAAAUGAGCAAUUAUCAUUUUCUUGUUCUUUCAGUUUAAAAUAAAUAUUAAAAUACAGCCUUGGAGAGCCAAAUGUGCCUUGGCCUUGUAAUGUAGGUUUUCUAUUUUUAUAAAAAUUUUUAUUUAACUUAUCUAAUGGUUUGCUGGUGUCUAUGACAUACGAAUCAGAAAUAUUGAAUGCUUCUUCGUGUUUCGCUGAGAGAUGAAUAAGAAAGUGUUUUGUUCCUUUUCUCUUCCAAAACUUUUGUUACUAUGUAUUAAAAGUAAUGUAGUGUCUGAGUGAUUUCAAGAUGGCAUUUUUUUCUCAUAAAAAUGUUUCAUCAGUUAUAUCCCCCACAAUUUUCAGACUUAAAUUAAAUACUAUGUAGACAACACCAGAUACUUUGAACUCUUCUUAUACUUUUAAUGGGAGACAACUGCUCUCUAGCAAACCUAGUGACCUGACCUCGAAAAUUGGUGAUUAAUUCAAAUUUCAAUACAUGUGUGAUAAAUUUUGAAUCACUCUGCAAAACAUAAGUAAACUAAAAAUCUUUCAACCUUAUUACCCUUUGUACUUGAUAUCACAGUGGUUAUAUGACAGGUCGGGCAACUAGGGUUGCUAACUUCAAGUGUCUAUCACCUAGUGUCAUGUAUUGUCUCUAGUAUUUGUUAAAAUUAUGAUUUUCCUUUUAGCUUCCAUUGUGCCUUGUUGUGUAUUAGAUGGUUGUGAUACAAACCAACUGAAGUCCAGGUUAUGCCUGUUGAAGGAAUUCUAAAUAUUGAUAAUCCAUUCUUUUAAAUUAUAGAAUAUUGAGUCUGAAAGUAUUUCAUUUUUGCAAAAAGGAAUACUGUAGAAUUCCAUUUAUGCUAAUUGAUUUUAGGAGAAGAAAAAAAGACAAAUAAAUUUCCAAAUUGGAACAUAUAUGGGUAUAUAAUAGUGAUGUUAAUUGGCUGGGUACAUAAAUAUCUUAUGUGUAUGUAAUUUUAUUAUAUUGUGUGUAAUGAGCCUCCAUUUGUGGUUUCUUUUCUACACAUGUAAAGUUUUCUGUAUCUUCUGUUUUACUUAAUUUCUGAGCAUCAGAAUUUUCUCAUUUCUAAAUCAGUGUGAUCUCAUUUGAAUUCUGAUAAAUGGAGUUCUACUGUAUAAGAGAAAUGAAAUCAAUUUUCUUCAGUCCAAAAUGUGUUUUGUUCUUCAAAAAGUAAAUAAAACUGCCAAGCACUGAAUGAAUGAAGGAUUCAGAGUAAAAUAGUUCAUUAAGUAUGUUUUAUAUUUUGAUUUUUAUUGAUAUAUAUUAUUUUUUAAGUAUUUUGAAAAUCAUUUUGUUAAAUGUAAUCCAAAAGUAUUUGCUUUUUCAUUUAAUUGAAUGUGUUCACAUUCCAUAUAACAUUAAAAUAAUGUGUUGUUCCUUUUUAUUGUUACUUUUUUAUGAAAAGAUUUAGUAUAUCAGAAAGUUAUGACUAUAAUGCAUAUAAGUUGGGAAUAAUUAAUAAAGAGUUUAAUAUAUCUUUAA